CACUAAGCUGAAGACUCUAAGAGGGACACAGCGCCUCAUACUUUGAAGAACUUUUUUUUUCUUCUAAUUCUUCCUCAACGGCAGGGAGGCACUUUUAUAAAGAAUGGGAGACUAUGAUGUAGACACUGCAUUCCUCGGACAGACCGGUCCUUACUUCUGGACCACGUUCUUCCUCCUCAACACAGUUUUUGUCUCCACUGGAUUCAACGGGCUUUACAUCGUCUUUAUUGGAGCGGCACCCAAACACCACUGUCUCAUUCCGGACGUUAACUUGACCAAGGAGUGGAGGGAUGCCGUGGUUCCCUUCAGGAUAGUGGAUGGGGAAGCUGUGCCGAGCCAGUGCAGCAGGUACAAUCUGGACGUGGUGAGAAACCUCUCGGCUGAAGGAUAUGUUCCUGGAAGGGAUGUCAACCUCACUAACCUGGAGGUGGAAGGAUGCUUAGAUGGAUGGAACUACAGCAAAGAAAUCUACCUAUCCAACAUUGUCACGGAGUGGGACCUCGUUUGUGACAACAAGUGGAAAGUUCCCUUUGCCUCCUCGACUCUGUUUGUGGGAUACCUGGUGGGAUCCCUGAUUUCAGGGCAGCUCUCUGACAGGUUUGGGAGAAAGAAGGUCGUUUUCGUCUCUCUUGCUGCUCAGUGCAUCGCUGUCAUGCUUCAGUCCUUCUCCAGCUCGUGGAGGAUGUUCUGCGUCAUGUUCCUCUUCGUUGGAGCCUCCCAGAUAUCACUCUACAUUUCUGCAUUUGUACUUGGGACGGAGGUGCUGAGUAAGACCAUGCGUGUGCUCUUCACAACUCUCGGGGCCUUUCUCUUCUAUUGCAUCGGGUACAUGACACUGCCCUGGAUUGCGUAUGGCAUCAGAGAAUGGAGGACUCUUCUGGCUGUUCUGUCCGCAACUUCUGUCGUCUACAUCCCCCUCUGGUGGUUCAUCCCGGAGUCUCCUCGCUGGCUAAUCACUCAGGGAAGAGUGGAGGAGGCCGAGGUGAUCGUGAGAGAAGCUGCCAAGAAAAACAAAGUGGAAGCUCCAGUCGUAAUUUUUAAACAAUCUCAGCGACACGGGAUGCCUCAGUUUAAGUCGUACACAAUGCUUGAUAUUCUCAGAUCCAAGAACCUCAGAUGCAUCACACUGAUGUGUCUCCUUUUGUGGAUGGCAAUAAACAUGGGGUAUUUCGGUUUAUCCCUGAACACUUCCAACCUGAGUGGAAACCCCUUCAUGAACUGUUUUUUAUCGGCCACCACUGAGGUCCCGGCCUACGUGGUUUCCACCGUGCUGCUGAAGAGGUGUCCGCGCCGGGCUCUUCUCUCGUCCUUCCUCAUCAUCGGAGGAGGAGUCCUGCUGCUCAUCCAGUUCAUCCCUGACACCCUCCAACACGUUGCUCUGGCUCUGGAGAUGACCGGGAAGUUUGGCUUCACCAUGGCCUUCAGCAUCGUCUAUAUCUACACUGCUGAGAUUUACCCCACUGUCCUCAGGAACGUCGGCAUGGGGAUGUGCUCCUCUGCUGCACGCAUUGGAAGCAUCACGGCUCCUUAUGUCAUCUAUUUAGGUUGCUAUAAUAAGGUUCUACCUUAUAUCCUGAUGGGAAGUCUCACCAUCGCCGCCUCUGUGGUGAACUUCUUCCUUCCUGAGACCUUCAACAAAGAUCUUCCAGAAACAGUGGAGCAGAUGCAAGAAUGUCAGGGGUUGUGUUAUGGACCCACAAAGAAGAAAUAUGUCGAAAACGGAGGAACAGGCAAUGCACCUCUACAACAUGAGGCCAAAUCUGACGUGCCGACACUCAAUGUGUAGCAGCCACUAUAUGUCUUGAAGAAAGAAGGAAUCUGAAAAUAAAGUCCCAAACAUGCACAGUGGGUAUUCAAAAAAAAAGCAUUUCCAAGAACUGUUUUUUUUAUAUUAAUACUUAUUUUUUUACUCAGUUGGUGCUUGGUGAGAAAUAUUUUGUAUGAAAGUUUAAAUGCAUGAAUAUCUGACUAUUCUUUAAUGUUUGUGCCACACAAUUA